AUGGUGCAAACUUAUCAGAGUCCGGUUCGUGUAUACAAAUAUCCAUUUGAAAUUGUGAUGGCAGCAUAUGAAAAACGUUUUCCAACUUCCCCCCAAAUUCCGAUAUUUGUUGGCUCUGAAAUUACCUAUGAAUAUCAUUCGGAAGACGGUGCCGAAGAAGUAAUUGAGCGCAAAUGUCAGCUGAAUAUCGAUGCUCCAUACCUUGUCAAAAAAAUAGCGGGUGUUGAUUAUGUUUAUUUUACGCAAAAAAAUUCGCUCAAUCGCAGAAAGCGUACUCUUAUCAUUGAAGCAAAGAAUAUUUCUUUUGCGACCAGAAUCGAUGUCAAAGAAACUUGUUUUUACUACGUUCAUCCUGAAAACAAUGAAUGGACUUGUUUUGAACAAAGUGGGUCAUUGGAUGUUAAGUCAUUCUUUGGUUUUGAAUCUACAGUCGAGAAAUUGGCAGUGAAACAAUAUGCAGCCAAUCUUGCGAAGGGAAAGGAGGUGCUGGAGUAUUUCAUCAGCGAACUGAUCAAAAGUGGUGUAACGUUUAUCCCUCCAUACUGUGAUACAACGGAAUCAGCUGCUGAUUCUGCGAUUGAUGUUUCGCGACCUGCUGAUGAAGAGGAAAAAGAGACGGGUAGAGUUGGGUCGGAAGUAGAGGAACAGCGUAGACCAUCCUCUCAUAGCCGAAAAUUUUCUGUUACUAGAAAAUCAACCCUUGGUUUGCCACCUCGGAAGUCAAUUGCACCUCGAAAUUCCAUCGAUGAUUCUGAAACAAGACUGGAAGCAGAAUACAUUCAUCGUUUCUUGGGGCAGCUCAGCACUUUAGAAGAAAGUCGUCUUUGUGAAUUGAAAUAUGGAUUACAGGAUACUCUUAAGGGGAAACUCCCAAAUGACGCUCAUCUACUGCGUUUUUUACGUGCACGCGAUUUUGAUGUGGCUCGAGCGAGCGAUAUGGUGCAGAAGAGUGUUAAAUGGCGAAAACAACAUAAUGUGGAUAAAAUUUUGCAGGAAUUCGAAGCGCCCUCUAUUUUGAAACAAUUUUUCCCUGGUUGUUGGCAUCAUAACGAUAAAAAGGGCAGACCGGUAUUCGUUCUGCGUCUGGGCAAACUCGAUAUGAAAGGUUUGUUGCGCACAUGUGGUAUGGAAACGAUUAUGAAAUUCACAUUAUCAGUAGUCGAGCAAGGGCUUAUUAAAACGGCUAAAGCCACAGAAAUGCUUGGUGCACCCAUAAGCACAUGGACAUUGCUGGUUGAUUUGGAAGGUCUGAGCAUGAGACACCUAUGGCGUCCAGGAAUUCAAGCCUUAUUACGUAUAAUUGAAGUUGCAGAAGCACAUUAUCCGGAAACAAUGGGACUGGUUUUGAUAGCUCGGGCACCACGUGUCUUUCCAGUUCUGUGGACACUGAUCUCACCAUUUAUUGAUGAAAAUACAAGAAAAAAAUUUAUGAUAAAUGCGGGUGAACCAGUCAUUUCUGAGCUUAAAAAAUAUAUUGAGAAGCAAUAUAUUCCAGAAUUUUUGGGUGGAACGUGCUCAUGUAUGGCACCAGAAGGUGGUCAUAUUCCCAAGAACUUAUACAAACCGGUGGAAGAAAAUGUAAUAGAAGAUGAUGUGUUGAAAUCAAUCUACCAGUCAGCGAAUAUCUAUAAAGGAAUACCACACGAAGUGGUUGUCAGAGUGACUGCUGAGGGAUGCGUUCUUACAUGGGACUUCGAUAUUUUGAAGGGUGAAUGUGAAUUCUUGAUUUACUAUACGGAAAAACAAGUAGAAACAGCCACUACAUCGAAUUCACCUUCCGUUCUUACUUCUAUCGGAAGUACUCUUACAAACUCUGCUUUGCUUUGCGACUCGAAGUUGACUAUUGGAGUUAGUUUGAAGUUAGAAGAACGGCCUGUACAAUUCACAGAGGGCGAUUCAAUGCAAGGAUCACAUUAUUGUCCUCGGGUGGGUUAUUAUAUCCUUCAGUGGCGUCAUCUCGAGACAGUACAGAAUCAGUCGUUCGAUUUUUCUUUGUCUGGUCAUAAAUGCAAAAUUAUGUAUUAUCACGAAUUAUUGGAUUCUUUGGAUUUUAGGGGUUCAGUGGCCUCAUUGGAAUCAUGCAGAUCAUCAUUUUCAUCUCUUGCUGCUGUUGCAUCAUCUAUUGCUAGCUCGAAAGAAUUAGCAGCAAGCAGUCCAGAUAAAAGUCUAGCUAGCAUUUUUCCAACAUGA